UGCUUGUAGCCUACUGGUGUGUGAGUUAAACUUAAAUGAACAUGAGGUACUUGGUUCAAAUCCUAUGGAGGAUGUUUAUUUUUGGAUAUAAUGUGUGUACCACUAAAUUCCGGUUUCUGGUCUAACCGGUCGGAAUUUCCGGAUUUGAACGGUAUUGACCGGAUUUGACCACAAUUAAAUACCGGACCCUUUCCAGCCGGUUUGCUGACCGGUAUCGGUUGAACCCGGUUGAACCGGCCGGCAUGAAACCGGUUUUACAACCAUGUACAUAUCACUUUAAGUCUUUAACCCUUAUUUUUCUUUGAGCUUGCUACAAAAAAACGAGUUUCUCUCAGGUUUGUGGGCUUAAGUUUAACUUUAGUGGCCCAUUAGCUUCUCUUUUUUUUUUGUCAUAGAUAGAUCGUAAUAGAUAGGGUAUUACAGUGCGGUGAAAAUGAAAAAGCGGUAGUCAACCAAAAGGGUUGCUACCGAUGCAAGGGCCGUUUGUGCCACGCGAUGGGCAGCCCUGUUAGUACUACUAAGAGCAAAAACAAAAGAAACAAAUGUAAAAGAGGUCUUCAAGCAUUGCUCCACCUCGAUCAUGACCGACAUCAUUCUCCAUUGCUCAUCGUAUGACCAAUUAGGAUUCACCACAAAACAUACAGCAGAGUAGCCACGAUUACGAUUCCAUAACAUUUUUGCUGACCAUUAAAAAUAAGAAAAUAAAUAAAGAAAUAAAAAAUUGAGCACGUGCCUGCCAAGAGUUGUAACUGCACCAAAAAGAAACCGCAACGCAGUAACAAAGCCGGAAAGACUCGCCGUCCACCGGUGGGAGUCGCCGUAGGAGCCCGGACCGCCACUCGUUUAAAAACCCCUACAAAAAAUAAGAUCUACGAGAAGAAUUUCAAGGAUAGAGUCAAAUCCAGGAUUGACGCACGAUGGCGUGGUGCAGGAAUCUGCUGGAUCGCACGACGGCGAGAAAGAGGAGAAACAGAUCCAGAGGGUAGCCAGAGCAGGUUGCUUUCCCGCUGCUUCCUUUCCCUCUCAUGCAUGAUCAAAACCCAAAGUAACCGCCAUUGUCCCGGAAUUGUAACCGACGGUGCUUUUGACGGUUGCCACCGUAACCGGUAGAUUCACCCGCCACAUCUCAUUCCUCUGUGGCACUCUGUACUCUAUAAGCCUCCGUCUUCCGCGAGUUCUUCUUUCCCUCAAUCUAUUCUCUGGAAUCGCGCCCAACCAGAAGGCCGCAUGACAAGCCAGGAGGUCGGGCCAUUCUUCCAGCCGAAAACUGCAAAUCGGAAAAGAUUAUCCUCUUGGUUUCUACUUACUGCGGUGGUUCCGGUAUUCUUCGCCGGUGAAACGGAGAUCUCGCUGAAGUUUGAGUGAGGGUUAGCGAGAGAGAGAGGAGAGAGUUUGGACGGAUUCCUUAUCAUCCGAUUUCCUCGUCUUCUUUGGCCAUAUUCUUUUACUGGCCAGAAUAUAAGACACAUCCCCCAUUAGCUUCUCUUUACUACACGUUUUUUACAAUAACUCAAUUAAGGUUAGCUUAGUAGUUAGGUCACAUAUGAAGUUGUGGACAUGGGCUAUUAGUGCAUAGGCAACAAUUUGUAGUACGUAGGUUAGUAAGUUAAUUGGGACUUGGGAGUCUGUCUCUUGGAUGUUGCUGAUUUGGGUAGGUUUACUAGAACGGUUUGGCGGUUGUUAGGUUUAAACAUUAGGUUUUUCUAAUUAUAUAAGAUGUAUGUUCCGCGUUAGUUCGAAAUUAAUUAAUCAAAUAAUAAACAAAAGUUUUUUCGACGGAAUCAAUAAAUCAAAUAAUAAACAAAAGGUUUUUCGACGUCUACAUCGUCUCAUACUUGUCAGUUACAGGCAAAAUCAUUGAACUUGUGGGUGCAAGUUCAUCAAAAGAAAGAUCGUUAAACUCAUUUGGCAAGCCGAUGUCAAGAUUAAACUUUCAUUAAUUUGUUUUGUUCAACAAUACCCAACAUAUAAUUCAAUUACGUCGCUUGCUGCUCAUCGUUCACAGAGACUCGCUCCACUGUUCGACCCACCUUAGUGAAAUUCCUGGCUACGCCCCUGUAUAUAUGUGUGUGUGAAGGACUAGCGUACGUAUAACAUGUGCAUGUAUAACCAACAAAUUAGUGUCAUCGAUCAUUAUUUUUUAAUAAUUUAAUCUUAUGAUAUGAUUUUAGAGAAUUAGAAACUAUGGUUCAUUUAUUUAAAAUUGUAGUAUAGUAUUACGUUUCAAACUUUGAUUAAUUUCUAGUCUAAAUAACAAAAUUUACUCUGAUAAAUUUAGCGUUUACGCUAUUUUAAAUAUUGAUGUGUCCAUCGGGGUUUUAGAUUGAAUUUCCUAGUAUAAGAAUUUGUCGAUAUUGUCAACUACAUAAAAGUCAAACUUCCGCUUCUCCUCCACCAACCGGUUGUGUAUUUGUGUGCGUGUGAAAUUGCAAAAGUCAAGAUCCAAGAGAUUUCUGCCCAAUUUUUUCUUGGUUUAAGAAUUUGGCAACUAGCAACCUUGUCUUAGAGUCCACAAGUUUCUACGAGUUUCUUGGCCACCACGAAACGCCAACACAGUGUAGGAUUGGUCACUAAAUAUUUGGUCUUCAAUGUUCCGAUUUGACUUAGUAAUUCGAUCACUUAAAAGUUAAAUCACAAUUAUUAACCAGAUACUAAUGCAAUUGAGUGUUCGUCUUACACUAUCAUUUAUUUUCACUGGAGUAAUUUUCUAUGGUGAACUGAGAUAAGAGAAUGCUUUUCAUAUCAUCAAAAAGUAAAGACCGGACAAAGAAGAAAGGCAUGGCGGGAAAAAAGAAAAACUUUCAAAAAUUCAAUGAUUUAUUAAAAAAAAAAAACGACAAUAGCUUACAGUGUGUGUUAUGUUAAGGGAACAUUUGCUUAUUUGGUUACAUGUCAUCAACAUUCUACAAAUUCUAAUAAAUCUUUCUUUUUAAUUUUCCUUUGUCAUAAAAUCUUAGUUUUUAUUUAGUUAGUCACAAUUGGCGCCAAUUUUGUAGGGCCAUUAUUUUCAGAUUAUUCUACUAAUGACAUUAUAUUUUCCUGGAGAUGGAACACGCUUUUCAGAGAAUAUGCAUUUCAUCCAAUAAUGGCUCCCAAGACGAAGUUGCUUCUCUUCCACCUGGCCCUACUCCAUGGCCUCCUCCACGCACUGAUUUCCGAAGCAGCGAACGAAACCGACGCCCUGGCACUGCUUCAACUCAAAGCAAGUCUCACCGGCGACCCGCUUCAAGUCACAUCUUCGUGGAAUUCCUCCACCCACUUCUGCCAAUGGCGAGGAAUCCUCUGCGGCCGGAAGCACCAGAGAGUCACUGUACUCAACUUGCAGUCCCUUCAACUCGCCGGCACUUUAUCUCCCUACAUCGGAAACCUAACCUUCCUCCGCCGCAUCUACCUCUUCAACAACACCCUCGCCGGAACAAUCCCCAGCGAAAUCGGCCGCCUCCGCCGUCUCGAGGAGCUCUACCUCACCAACAACUCCUUCUCCGGCGAAAUCCCUCCAUCCAUCUCCCUUUGCUCCAACCUCGUCGCUUUCGACGCCGGGUACAACCGUUUGGAAGGAAAUCUCCCGCCGGAAAUUGGGUCACUGUCCAAUCUCCGUAUCUUCUCCGUUCGCCGGAACUCUCUGGCCGGUGCGAUUCCGCCUUCGUACGGGAAUCUGUCGAGUCUUCGGGAGUUUAGGGCAGGGAGCAAUGAUUUUUCCGGGAGGAUUCCCGACGAAUUAGGUCAAUUGAAGAGCCUGGAGACUUUGCAUUUGACUAUCAAUUCGCUUUCAGGGGAAAUUCCUGAUUCAAUCUUCAACCUCUCGUCAUUGAAAUUGCUGGCGUUAGGAGCCAAUCUGUUUUCAGGAAGUCUCCCCUGGAAUUUGGCGAUCUCUCUCCCCAAUCUCCAGAGUUUCGACGUUGCGUUCAACCGGCUGACCGGUCCGAUUCCAGGUUCGUUUUCCAAUGCUUCGAAUCUGGAACUCGUCCAGCUUCAGACCAACGGCUUCACCGGUGAAGUCCCCAGUUUCGGGAACUCCCCAUUUCUGUUCCGUUUGUCCAUGGCGGGUAACUCGCUGGGAAAUGGGGGAAACAGUAGUGAUGAUGGUGAUUUGAGGUUUCUUUCAUCACUGGUUAAUGCUACUGGUUUGGAUGCAUUGAGGUUCGACCAGAACAACUUUGGAGGGAGAUUGCCAGGAGUAAUUGGGAAUUUAUCGGUCAUGCUUCGGAUUCUUCAUGUGGGGUAUAAUCAAAUCAGUGGUGAAAUUCCAGAUGGGUUACAGAAUCUUGUUGGGUUGCAGACGUUUGGUGCUUCUGACAGCAAUUUCUCAGGCAAAAUUCCAUCUUUCUGGGGGAAGCUUCCUAAUCUAGAAUGGCUGCUGUUGGGGUUCAAUCGGUUUAGUGGUCAGAUCCCAGUUUCAAUCGGGAACUUGACCAGGUUGAUCGUGCUUGAUCUGUCAAGAAACGAUUUGGAAGGAGAGAUUCCUUCAGUUUUGUCAAACUGCCAGUCUCUGACUACAUUGGAUCUUUCUAACAGCAAUCUCACUGGCAGGAUUCCUCCAGGGCUGAUGACGAUUUUGUCGUUAUCGGAUUUUCUCGAUCUUGGCGGCAACAGAUUGAUAGGUGAGAUUCCUGUUGAGGUGGGGAAUUUGAGAAACUUGGGUAGUCUUGGACUGUACUCAAACAUGUUGUCAGGAGAGAUUCCUAGCAGCCUGGGGAGUUGUGUCAGGAUGGAGCUUUUGUAUUUGCAGGACAAUCUCCUGCAAGGAUCCAUUCCUACAUCUCUAAACGAGCUCAAAGGUCUCCGAGAAUUCAAUGUUUCGCGGAACAAUUUGUCUGGUGAGGUUCCAGUUUUCUUUCAGAGCUUCAGCUCACUGCAACUUCUGAACCUUUCUUACAACAGUUUCCAGGGUGAAGUACCAACUGAAGGUGUUUUUAGAAAUGCAAGUGCAAUUUCAGUAACUGGGAAUAAUAAUAACAAGCUUUGUGGGGGGAUUCCAGAACUCCUUCUCCCCAGAUGCAACUCCGAACAGCCCAAAAAAGCGUCGAGUAGGAAAUCAAAGAUCGUAAUAAUCACAAUAGUCGUCGUUUCUGGUGUCGUUGCUUUACUGGUUUCUUGUAGCUUACUCCUUCUGUUUGCAAGAAGGAGAAGGAAACAACAACAGCAAGUAACAGAAAAUCCUGCUGAUGACUUGCACUGGAAGGUAUCCUAUCAAAGCCUGUCAAAAGCUACAGAUGGUUUCUCCACCGCCAACCUGAUAGGCGCGGGAAGCUUUGGUUCAGUGUACAAGGGGAUUCUCCAUGAAAGUGGAGCAGUUAUAGCCGUGAAGGUGUUCAAUCUUGCGAGGCAGGGAGCUUCCAAGAGCUUUCUGGACGAAUGCGAGGCCUUGAAGAGCAUCAGACACAGAAAUCUGGUGAAGAUACUGACUGCUUGUUCAGGGAUUGAUUAUCUCAGAAACGAGUUCAAGGCACUGGUGUAUGAGUUCUUGGAGAAUGGGAACUUGGAGGAAUGGCUGCAUCCGGUGGACCUUGCAAAUGAUGAGAAAGAUGGUGGUGGGAGAUCAUUGAAGUUGUUGCAGAGAGUGGAUGUGGCAAUUGAUGUCGCUUCAGCACUGGAGUAUCUGCAUCAUGACUGCGAGACGCCCAUCGUUCACUGUGAUGUGAAGCCAAGCAAUGUGCUUCUGGAUGCUGACAUGGUUGGACACCUUGGUGACUUUGGAUUGGCAAAGCUUGUUUCAGGAGUCAGCAGUACUGUGGCCUAUUCUGCCAGCUCCAUUGGAGUCAGAGGAACUGUUGGCUAUGCUCCUCCAGAGUAUGGAAUGGGGAGUAAAGUGUCGACAGAAGGAGAUGUAUACAGCUACGGAAUCCUCUUGCUGGAGAUGUUUACCGGAAAGAGACCAACAACUGAUGUGUUCACAGAGGGUUUGAAUCUUCGGGACUUCGUCAGAAGAUCUCUGCAUGGAAAUUUGAUCGACAUUCUGGAUCCUGUUCUGCUCCCACGAGUUUUCAAAAUUGGCAAAGCGGGCGAAGACAUCACCAAUUCCAAACAGAAAGUUGAGGAGGCCGCCUUGAUCUCCAUCCUUGAAGUUGGUGUUGCUUGCUGCUCACAGUCUCCACAGCAUAGGAUGAACAUGAAGGACGUUUCAGCAAGUCUUGUUGCUGCUAGAGAACUUCUUCAAUCUGGCAGACGAGAAGAACUAUAGACCCAGAUUUCAUUUUGUUUCCAUUUUUGUUCAUGAAAAGUGGGAGCCAAGCAGUAAUCUGUUUUAUAUUCACUGUUGUAUACUUCUUUUGGGCCCAUUGACUGUCUUGAUUUUUCAAUCUGAAGAUGGUGAUCUUGAUGCUUUAAUUUUAACACGGUACCAACAUCGAUCCGAUUUCGAGAUUCUCAUAGUGUAAUACAAAGGCGAAUAUGAUAAUGAGAGGUUCUACUCCUACGUUAUGCGAUCUUAUUGCAAAUUUGAUGAUCUCGACGAGUAAGAUAAUUUACAACAAAUUACUCUUCUUACUAAAUAUGAAUUAGUAACACUUCUAACUCGAAAGAGGGAAUCUAUCGUACAACAUAGCAGCAACACACAUGAAAUCCUGUGUAUAUAAUCGAGAACGAGUCGGUAUAUUUUCCAACUCAAUUUGAUACGACGGUGAAAUCCCAUCCACUCUAAUGAAUAGAAGGUGAUUGC